UGUUCCUUGCGACCGGUACGCGUUACAAAUUUUGAUCUCGAGAAAAGAAGUGAGAACUCCAAAGAAGAGGGGGGCUUAGCGGCGCUUUACGGGGGCGAAACAGCACCCAGCCAUGUCUCGCCAGGCCGUGAAGCUGGUCGGAUCCCUCGCCUCCAAGCUCGUUUCCCAGCCCAAGCCCUCCGUCUCCUCUUCUCUCUCCUCCCAGUCCCGCCGCCACUUGGCGGCGGCGGCGGCGGCGGCGCCCCCGCCGCCCGCCGUUUUUGUGGACAAGAACACCCGCGUCAUAUGCCAGGGGAUUACCGGCAAGAACGGCACCUUCCACACCGAGCAGGCCAUCGAGUAUGGCACCAAGAUGGUUGGUGGAGUGACACCUAAGAAAGGUGGAACUGAACACUUGGGUCUUCCAGUGUUCAACACAGUAGCAGAAGCAAAGGCUGAGACAAAAGCUAAUGCAUCAGUUAUUUAUGUUCCUCCGCCUUUUGCUGCUGCUGCAAUAUUGGAGGCGAUGGAAGCUGAAUUAGAUCUCGUUGUGUGCAUCACCGAAGGAAUUCCACAGCAUGACAUGGUUCGGGUGAAGGCUGCUCUUAACAAGCAAUCAAAAACGCGACUUAUCGGGCCAAACUGCCCUGGCAUUAUCAAGCCUGGAGAAUGCAAAAUUGGAAUAAUGCCUGGGUAUAUCCACAAGCCAGGGCGUGUAGGGAUUGUAUCUCGAUCUGGUACCCUAACCUAUGAAGCGGUUUUUCAAACAACUGUUGUUGGUCUAGGACAGUCAACUUGUGUAGGUAUUGGGGGCGACCCUUUCAAUGGGACAAAUUUUGUUGAUUGCAUAACUAGGUUCCUUGAAGAUCCUCAAACCGAAGGUAUUGUCCUAAUAGGGGAGAUUGGAGGAACUGCAGAAGAGGAUGCUGCAGCUUUAAUACGGGAAAGUGGAACUGAGAAGCCUGUUGUUGCAUUUAUAGCUGGACUUACAGCACCCCCCGGCCGUCGCAUGGGUCAUGCUGGAGCAAUUGUGUCAGGCGGGAAGGGUACUGCACAGGACAAAAUAAAGACCCUCAGAGAAGCAGGAGUUACCGUGGUUGAGUCCCCAGCCAAGAUUGGUGCUGCUAUGCUUGACGUUUUCAAACAGGGUGGACUUGUAGAUUAAGAGGCAUUCCCAUUAUUAUACUCGUGGAAAUGUCAGGAAGUGAUCUUUUCAACUUAUGACUGCUUUAAUGUGCCGUUGCAGCUCGCACUUCGACCAUUUUUAUUUUCCUACGUUUGCAAAAGUUAGUUCUCUUUUUCCAUCCAAGCUGAGGCUUUCUUUGUUUUUUUCUUGACGAGUUUUCAAUAAUUGAACGGAAACCAGUUUUCAAUAAUUGAACGGAAACCUCUCAGUGUACACUUUUACGUGCUUAUUGCUUCGUAAUAGGUGCCUUUUGAUCUGCAAUCCAA